UUUGUGAGGUAUAAUUAAUAGUUUGGAGUGAAUGAAGCUCCCAGAAGAAGAUAGACAGUGAGAAUCGUAUGCCCCACACAUGUGAACGACAAAUUUGUUUCAAAAGCCACUAGGCAAAAUAAUGUAAAACCUCAACUACACGUAUGCAUUUCUUCCUGCCUGAAGACCUAUAAAUCAUCCUAAUCUCAACACUCACGCAAUCAUUCUCUCUCUCUCUCUCUCUCUCUCUCUCUCUCUCUCUCCAUCAUCAUUCAACAGCCUCAUAUCAGAAGCCAAAGAACCCAAAGAAAGAAAAGAGAAAAAGAAAAACCCCAGAAUUAAAAUAAAACAUUCCCCUUUCUGCAAAAAGAGAGCUGGAUCACCAGAAAAACAGAGCAAAUUAAAACAAAACAUAAAUGAGACCGCCACCACCGCCAAGAAGAUCACUGGAGCUAUCAGCAGCAUCCCAAGUAGCUGAAUUUGGCCUCGUCCACCUCUCUCCGUCGCUAUCCUCCUCCCCUCCCCCCACCAGACAAACGACAUGCGUUUCGCACACCUGCCGCUGGUGGCCCUACUCUGGCUCCAAAGAGUUCGAGGCCAACGCCGCCAUGGUCAUCAUCAUCCUCCUCUCCGCCCUCAUUUGCGCUUUGGGCCUCAACGCCGCCAUCCGCUGCUUCCUCCGCGGCGGCGGGAGCGACAACAACAACAGCCCACGAGACAACGACGAUAACAGUCAUCUUCCGCAGACCCAGCAAGAAUUGGUUCAAGCUCAGCAGAAGAGCAAUGUGGCGGGAGUUUCGUGCCUGGAGGGGGCGCCGGAGCUGUUCUACUCGGCGGAGAUGAAGGCAAGGCUGGCGGGGGCAGAGGCGGAGUGCGCCAUUUGCUUGUCGGAGUUUGUGGAGGGGGAAGGGAUCAGAGUGCUGGGGAGGUGCAAACAUGGCUUCCAUACUCACUGCAUACAGGAGUGGCUGUCUUCUCACUCCUCUUGUCCCACGUGCCGCCGCACGUGCCUUCCUCCAUCGCCACCACAACUCGCCACGGACAAUAGUUCCCAGCAAAUUCCCGCGCCGGAAAGCGGUCCAUAGAAGCUAGCCACUGUACACAACAUGUAUGUAACUUAGUAAUUUCUAAUUUGAGUUGGAAGUUUUUUCAGUUAUUUAA